UAGUGCAAGCAAAGCAAUCAGCUUUUGUCUUCCUUUUUUUUUCUCUCUUAUACCCCUUACCCUCUUUCAGCCUUCAUUUCUCCCAUAAACUCAUGUUUAGUACUCCCCUCACCUCCAAAACCCUCCAUUUUCAACUUCUUCAAUCUUAGUGCAGGCGCAAGGGUAGAAAUGGAAUUUCACCAUGAACAUGAUGAGGAAGAGGAAGAAGAAGAAGAAGAAGUAGGAGAGAUGGCUCUCCCGAUCAACACCACAUAUGGACACAAUCACAUUCUCCCAUUAUCACUCCAUCAACCACCACCCGAUAUGUCCACCAUAACAGCACCGCCGCCGCCGCCACCGUCCAUGGAGGACAUUAGCAAGAAGAUGAUGGUGGUUGUAAGGUACAGAGAAUGUUUAAAGAACCAUGCAGCUUCCAUUGGAGGAAAGGCGACAGAUGGGUGUGGUGAGUUCAUGGCUUCCGGUGAAGAGGGUACUCUUGAAGCUCUCACUUGCGCAGUCUGCAGCUGCCACCGAAACUUCCACCGGAAAGAAAUGGAAGGUGACAACCCCUCCUACCACCGGCACCACCACCCCAUUCCCACCACCUCCUACGACUACAUUAACUACCACAGUUCCUCUCCACAUCUCAAAAGACUUGAUCUUGGAAACGGUAGAAACCUCAUCCUUCAAGCUCAUCAUCAUCACCCAAAUGGUGUUCUUGGAAAUGGCGGAGGGGCACUUGUACCAUACAAUAUGGGAAUGGGAAUGGGAAUGGGAAUGGGUGGUUUCCGAUCAGAAUCUGAGGAGCAAGAAGAUCGGCGGGGAGCAGCGGUGGCGCAGCAGGUGGUGAAGAAGAGGUUCAGAACCAAGUUCACACAAGAACAGAAGGAGAAGAUGAUGAAUUUUGCAGAGAAAGUUGGGUGGAAGAUACAAAGACAAGAGGAAUCCGUUGUUCAACACUUCUGUCAAGAAAUCGGGAUCAAAAGGAGAGUGUUAAAAGUCUGGAUGCAUAACAACAAACAAAAUCUUGCAAAGAACAUCACCAACUCUAUCUCCAUUAAUGCACCUCAACCUCAAGAUCCAAAUUAAAUAUAUAAAAAAAAAAAAUGAAUCUUGUGUUGUGAUUUAGUAGUAAGAAGGCCUUCAUGCUCAUGGAUUAUAUUAUAUAUGGUUUAAUUAGGGGAUUAUAUAUGUGAUUUGGUGAUGUUAUGAUGAUUAGUUAAUGAGGGAUGGAUUAACGUAAAGGAUUCCAUUUGUAUGGAAUAUUAAUUUGAUAACUUUUUUAUCUCUUGCUUC